ACAUGUACAUGUACAUCCAUAUUUAGAUACAAGAACAAGGUAGUAGUAGGCAAGACCCACAGCAUACAGGAGGCCCAGAACCACCAAAAAGACAACAGAUACCAGGAGCAGGUCAUCAAAAUUUACAACAGUAUGCUUGGCCGUCUGGCCCCUAUGGAGCAGUGUCAGGAUUUUAUCAUAAUAUUCCUGGUAGUUGGGAUCCAAAUAUGAAUCAAGGUGGUAUGCAGGGUCAUUUUCCAGGUCAACAACCUAUGCCUGGUAAUGAGCAACAGCAAGGUCAUGUUCCACAACAAGGUCAUGCACCACAUCCUGGUCAAGGUCAUGAUCCACUGAGAGGUCAAGGUCAUGGUCAAGGGAUGAGAUUUCCAUUUGGACCUGGUGGACCUGGACAGAUGCCUCAUGGUUUUCCUCCUGGGUAUCCAAUGUUUCGCAUGCCAACUCCGGAUCAAAAUAAUCCCCAAGGUGGACAUAAUAUGCCUUUUAUGCCAGGAUUUCCUAUGAUGUUUGACCCUCAGUCAGGACAGUAUUUCCAAGCUCCAGGAUUUCCAGGAAUGCAACUGCCUCCAGAAUCACAUAGACAUUCACCAGGAAAUCAGCGCGGACCUCCUCCACCAUACAAUGGACAACAAUCAACAGAGGUCAAGUCACCCAGAGGUGACCAUAAUGAUGGUGAAGGAAGUCAGGCUGUAGCAGACCAGGAUUUAGAGUAUGAAAAAAAUCAGGCUAAACUUAACAGAGAACAACAGUCCAUGAAUUAUGAAGAAGAGGAACCAGCAGACCCCGAGCCUGAAAACAGGGAACCAUCUGAACCAGAAACGCCCGAGGAGAACCAAACAAAAAUAGUUGUAAGCAAUCUACCAUCAACAGCCCAUGAUGAAUACUUACAGAUGUUUUUUGAGAAUAAACGGAAGUUCAAAGGAUGUGAUGUUUAUAGUGUUGAAAUGGAUGAAGAUGGGACAUCCGCCAUUAUUGAGUUUGAGACACCAGAUGCUGUAGAUAUUGUCCUGAGCAAAUGUCCACUAAAGAUGAUGGGACGAGAAGUUGAAAUAUCAAAGUUCGAGCCACCUCCACCGGUUUUAUUAUGCACCGUAGAAGUGACCGGACCGUGUAGUGUGGUAAGCGAAGAUCAUCUUGAGAUGCUAGAAAUGUACUUUGAAAAUUCAAAACGAUCCGGAGGUGGUGACGUUGUUGAUAUUGAGUUUGAUACAGUAAAUAACAUGGUCCUUGUCACAUUUGACAGUGAAGACGUUGCACAGAGUGUUGCAGAGAAAGGAAGGCAUGUUAUAAAGAAUGAGAAACUCAAUGUUAAAGUGCACAUUCCGUCCAAAAAGUCUAAAAAACCAGAUGACAUGGAGGAGGAAAAGCAAGCGGAGGAAGAGACUGAGUCACCUAAUACAAUUAAAGUAAAAGGCAUUAACAAAUCUGCAUCGAGAGAUACAGUGGAGUUUUAUUUUGAGAAUUCCCGGAGAUCAGGAGGAGGUGAAAUAGAGACCAUUAAAAGUGAUGACGAGGACGAAGAUGUCCUUUAUAUCACGUUUAAAUCAACCGAGGUGGCUGUAAGUGUAUCGAAGAAAAGUCACAAACUGGAAGGAAAAUCAUUAAAUGUUGCCCUGUAUGUACCCCCUGUAGCACCUCCAUCAUAUGAAAACAAAAUUCUGCUUAAAGGAUUACAAGCCAGUACAACUCAAGAUUGUUUGUUUAACUUUAUCGAGGCGAAAUCUGGAUGCGUGCCAGAAACAAUGGACUAUCAUUCUGAACAAGAGGGUGUUGUCAUGAUUACCUUUAGUGAAACACCAGACUUCAAAAAAUUAGAGAGUGCAUUUGAUAAAUAUAAACUGGAAGGAGCAUCACUGAAGAUAUGUGCUGUACCAAUAUCAAACUGUAUUAUUGUUGCAAAUUUGGCCUCUGAAGUCACCAAAGACACCAUUGAGUAUUACUUUGAAAACAAAAGAAAGAGUGGUGGUGGACAAGUUGAUAAAGUUGUGAUGAAUGAUGAUGACACAUGUCUUGUAUACUUUUCUGAUUUCACAGUGAUUGACGACGUGUUAGAAAAAGAACAUACACUCAGUAAACAGCUACUUGAUGUAAAGAGAUAUCAGGAAUGCCUUGGGUCUCCUGGAGGGCGAAGUAGCGAGAGAGUAUUACGCCUUCCAAGACCUUGUUCUUAA